UAGCUUAGUUCAGUGAUGUUUUGAGACGUAGGAAGGGUUGGAGAAAGAUGUCUCAGUCUCAUGAAAAAACUCUAAUACUGAUCCAAAAAAUGGUGAAAGUGCCCCCACCAAAAGCACUUUUGUUGUUCAAUUCCUCAACCUAUGAGGGCCUUCAUCACACUCCUCACUCUAUCUCUUUCAUCUUAAACCAUCUCCUAUCCCAUGAUGACAUGCUACCCCAAGCUCAAUCUCUUAUCUUGCGUCUAAUCUCUGGUCGAAUCCCCUUCUACACAUUCUCUCCCUCCUCCUUAAUACCUCAACUAACACAAGCCCAUUUCACCUGUUCUUCAACUUAUGCUCCUCUCUGUGAAACAAUUGUCAAUGCUUAUGUUCAUUCUCACUCCCCUGAUCAGGCCCUCACUUUUCUACACCAGAUGAUUCACAAGGGUCAUCUUCCUACAUCAAACACCUUCAACAAUCUUCUGUGCUCGCUCAUUAGGUCAAACUGUUUCGAUAAAGCUUGGUGGGUUUUUAACCAAUUCAAGAUUAAAGUUGUUAUGGAUGUCUACACAUUUGGGAUUAUGAUCAAGGGUUGUUGUGAGGUUGGUGACUUAAUGAAAGGGUUUCGGCUUGUGACCAUGUUGGAGGAGUUUGGUUUGUCUCCUAAUGUUGUUAUAUACACUACGUUGAUUGACGGGUGCUGCAAGAAUGGAGAUGUCAUGCUGGCGAAGAAGUUGUUUUGCAAGAUGGAUAGGUUGGGUGUAGUUGCUAAUCAACAUACUUAUAGUGUCUUAAUGAACGGGUUUUUCAAACAAGGACUUCAAAGGGAAGGGUUUCAAAUGUAUGAGAAUAUGAAGCAAAGUGGAAUAGUGCCAAAUGUUUAUUCCUACAGCUGUGUGAUUGGAGAAUAUUGUAAUGGUGGGAUGGUGGAUAAAGCUUUUAAGGUGUUUGGUGAAAUGCGUGAGAAAGGUGUUAUGUGUGGGGUUAUGACAUAUAACAUUUUAAUAGGUGGGCUGUGUCGAGGGAAGAUGUUCGGUGAAGCAAUAAAGUUAGUUCAUCGAUUGAGCAAAGUUGGCCUCAGUCCUAACAUUGUUACAUACAAUAUACUGAUCAACGGUUUUUGUGGUGUUGGAAAAAUAGACACUGCUAUUAGAUUAUUCAGUCAAUUGAAGUCAAAUGGACUUUCACCAACUUUAGUAACCUAUAAUACUCUGAUUGCAGGGUAUUGUAAGGUUGAGAAUUUAACUGGAGCUCUUAGCUUGGUCAAGGAAAUGGAAGAGAGAUGUUUUGCUCCUUCCAAAGUGACAUAUACCAUUCUGAUUGAUGCUUUUGCAAGACUAAAUCAUAUGGAAAAAGCACGCAAAAUGCAUGCUUUAAUGGAGAAGUCUGGUUUGGUUCCAGACGUAAACACAUACAGUGUCUUAAUACAUGGGUUAUGUAAAACUGGUAACAUGAAAGAAGCCUCAAAACUAUUCAAAUCAUUGGGGGAGCUGCAUUUCGAACCAAACAAUGUUAUAUAUAACACGAUGAUUCAUGGUUACUGCAAAGAAGGAAGCUCUUACAGGGCUUUUAGGCUACUCAAUGAAAUGGUUCACAAUGGAAUGGUCCCUAAUGUGGCCAGUUUUUGCUCAACCAUAGGGCUUCUUUGCAAUGAUGGAAAGUGGAAGGAAGCAGAGUUUCUCUUAGAAAAGAUGAUAAAUUCAGGACUAAAGCCAACGGUUUCUUUAUACAAUAUGGUUUACAAAGAAAAGAUCAACGUUUAGAAUGCCGAACAUGGUUUAGAUCGUCAGGGCCUGUCCCCGAAGGCCACUACUUUAACUGGAGCUCUGGAAAAAACACCCUUUAUAGCAUGUCAGCCAUAUGUUCUACACCACAAUUGGCCUAGGAACUCCCCAAAACAACACGGAUCUAGCCAUUGAUCUUGGAGGAGAGAACCUCUGGCACGACUGCAGCACAAAAUGCUAUAAUUCUUCCUCCAACCGUAAAGUUGUUUGUGAGUCAAAGAAAUGCCCCAAAAACGCUUCAUCCAUUGCCACUGGCUGCAUUGACACUUAUAAACCAGGUUGUGCAAUCAACGAUUUUGUUAUGACAAUGAGCAACUCAUAGUGAAAUGUUGUAUUCUUUACUGUUUUUAGUGUUUGGAUUUGUUUUUAGAUUUCUCUUAGCAUUUCAAAUUUGCUUAGAUAGUUGUUUUUCCUUUUUAGUUUACUAAUGAUAUUUUGUUGAUUCCUAGUUGAUUAUAGUUUUUAUGUGCGUUUUUAUAUUACCUGCUGCUUUAGUUAUC